CGACGUCUGGCCCGAGCGAGGGGGGACGCGCUAGGCAUUGUGGGUAGGACACUUUCACAUCAGCCAUAUUGCUCUGACCGAAGAAGGGAGAUGAAGGGGAUCCGGGGAAUAAGUCAGUUGUCGGCCAGGCUCUACUCGGCCCAGGCUGCCCGCAAGGUGGACGCCGCCGAGCACGUUAAGUUUCAGCCGCAGGAAGUGCAGGUGACCAGACUCCCCAGCGGUCUGGUGAUUGCCUCCCUUGAGAACUAUUCCCCAGCCUCCAAGAUCGGAGUGUUUGUCAAAGCCGGCUGUCGGUACGAGACCCCUGAAAACCAGGGGGUCACCCACCUCCUCCGACUGGCCUCCAACCUGACCACCAAAGGAGCUUCCUCAUUCAAGAUAUGUCGGGGUGUUGAGGCAGUGGGAGGCAACCUGAGUGUGACUGCUUCCAGAGAGAACAUGGUCUACACCGUUGACUGCUUGAGAGAUGACAUUGACACAGUGAUGGAGUAUUUGAUCAACGUGACCACCGCCCCAGAGUUUCGGCCCUGGGAGGUGUCAGACCUGACCCCCCGAGUGAAGAGGGACAGGGCCCAAGCUGCACAGAGUGCUCAAAUAGGUGUGAUCGAAAGUCUGCAUGAGGCGGCCUACAAGAACGCUCUCUCUAACUCCCUCUACUGCCCUCAGCACAUGGUUGACAACAUCCACUCGGGCCAUCUGCACCAGUUUGUCCAGAACAAUUUCACAAGCUCAAGAAUGGCUCUUGUUGGACUUGGUGUGGACCACGCGGUGCUGACCCAGGUCGGCGAGCAGUUCCUCAAUAUCCGCAGUGGGGGGGGAACCACAGGGGCCACGGCUCAGUAUCGAGGGGGUGAGGUCCGACUGCCCGGCGCCGGCGGCCUGCUCCACGCUGCAGUGGUCAGCCAGUCGGCGGCGGCGGGCUCCAGCGAGGCGCUGGCCUUCAGCGUGCUGCAGCACCUGCUGGGAGCCGGUCUGCAUGUCAAGAGGGGCUCGUGCGCCUCCAGCAAACUGGUGCAGGGCGUCGCUAAGGCAACCGCUGACCCCUUCGAUGUCAGUGCUUUCAACUCGAGCUACUCUGACUCUGGUCUGUUUGGAGUCUACACCAUUUCCCAGCCUGCGGCUGCCGGGGAUGUGAUCAAGGCCGCUCUGGCCCAGGUGAAGGCUGUUGCUGACGGCGCAGUCACAGCUGCCGACCUCACUCGGGCCAAGGCCCAGCUCAAGGGGCAGUUCCUGAUGUCUCUGGAGACUUCGGAGGGGCUUCUGGAGGCGAUGGGCUCUCAGGCUCUGUCCGAGGGAACCUACUCCUCCGCCGAGCAGGUCUCCAAAGACAUCGCCAACGUCUCCUUGACCGACGUCGCCAACGCUGCCAAGAAAUUUGUGACCGGCAAGAAGACCAUGGCGUCCAGCGGCAACCUCAUAAACACCCCCUUCGUGGAUGAGAUAUGAAGCCAACAGGCAGAUGUUCUGUCGUGACACCAACAGAUAUUUAUAGGUGCAACAGUAAAUGUAUCUCAAUCUGGAGCUUCGGCCAUGUGUCCACAUUAACUGUGUAGCUAAUGUACAAUAAUGAAUAAAUCUAUCUACCUUACAGCUUU